AUGAUGAUGAAGCGGCUUAGUAAAUACUUAACAGUCCUCGUUAUUGUGGCACUACUAAUUUCCGUUGUCCCGUUGUCCUCAUCCACCAGUUUUAGCGUCGAACUAAUCGAUCCGGCCAACCCUAAACACCCUUUUUAUGAGCCUUAUCAAUAUAACACGACCUCCGCACCAACCAUCCACACACCUGUACUAAGGUCGGGGUGGCAGUACUACGUAAGCUUCUCGCUAGGCAACCCGGCCCUCCAACUCCUAGGAGCCAUGGACCUCGCCAGCGACCUCACGUGGAUACAAUGCCAAUCCUGCAAACCCUGUGCCCCACUCCCUGAUGGGGCCCACGACUUCGAGCCCCAACGUUCGUCGACGUACAACACUGUACGCUGCCGCUUCGGGCCGUGCAAAUACUCUGUUAAGUAUGCCGAUGGCUCAACCAGCACUGGAAUUAUCUCCACCGAUAUGCUCAAGCUGGGCAACGGAAUGUUCCGUUACCCAAUCCAAUUUGGGUGCGGGAACGCAAACAUGGGGCUGUCCGGUGUGGUCGGCCUUGGGGAGGGGAAACUCUCCAUCGUGGGGCAGUUGAACGGCCCGAGGACGUUUUCGUAUGGGUUAGUGCCUGGCUCAUCCGUUCUCACCUUUGGAGGGCCCACCGUGUGGGGCAGUAGGACCCUCAUCCUUCCUAUGCGGGUCCACAGUUUACACACGGGCAUUGGUUUGGCGGUGAUGCAAGGUGUGGUGGAAAAAGCGUGUCGAGGGCUGAUGAACUUCCAGGAAAGCCAAACGUGA